AUUCCCUCUCGCCAUCCAUCCCCAAGAACCUCUUCCUCCCCUGAGCCCAGCCACGGCGGGGGACAAGGCAAACCAUCCGAGGGACAGAGACGCGUCCUCUCCAUCCUCUUGCUCAGGCCGAGCUCCCCCUUUCCCAUGGCUGGCAGGUGGGCCCCGCCGGCCGGCCUCCUCUUGCUCCUGCUGCUGGCGGCGCUCGUGGCGGCGCGCGCGGACAAGCCGGCCAGGGCCGGCCGCGGGGAUCCGGAUUCGGAGCCGGAGCCGUGCUCCGCCGUCUUCCAGCUCUACGGCAACGUGUACCCCCACGGGCUGUACUACGUGGCCAUGAGCAUUGGCAACCCGCCCAAGCCCUACUUCCUCGACGUCGACACCGGCAGCGACCUCACCUGGCUGCAGUGUGACGCACCCUGCGUUAGCUGCUCCAAGGUGCCACAUCCUCUCUACCGACCAACAAAGAACAAGCUGGUACCGUGUGUGGAUCAGAUGUGUGCCUCUCUGCACGGUGGCCUGAGUAAGAACCACAAGUGUGACUCACCGAAGCAGCAGUGCGACUAUGAAAUUAGGUAUGCCGACCAAGCCUCGUCCCUUGGUGUGCUCAUCAACGACAGUUUUGCAGUCCGCCUUGCGAAUGCUUCCGUUGUCCGUCCCAGUCUUGCAUUCGGUUGUGGGUAUGACCAGGAGGUUGGGAGCAGCACUGAGGUGGCGCCCACUGAUGGUGUGCUUGGCCUUGGGAGUGGAUCAAUUAGCCUGCUUUCACAGCUCAAGCAGCAUGGCAUUACCAAGAACGUGGUUGGUCACUGCCUCAGCAUGAGAGGAGGGGGAUUCCUCUUCUUUGGGGAUAAUCUUGUGCCUUACUCACGUGCAACAUGGGUACCAAUGGUUAGGAGUGCAUUCAAGAAUUACUACUCACCUGGCUCAGCAGGCCUGUAUUUUGGUGGACGAUCACUUGGUGUGGGACCAAUGGAAGUAGUGCUGGACAGUGGAAGCUCAUACACCUACUUUUCUGCUCAAUCAUAUCAAGCGCUUGUCACUGCACUUAAGGGUGAUCUAAGCAAGACGCUGAAAGAAGUAUCUGACCCCUCUCUGCCUCUGUGCUGGAAAGGAAAGAAGCCAUUCAAAUCCGUGCUUGAUGUCAAAAAGGAGUUCAGAUCAUUGGUUUUGAGCUUUUCUAAUGGCAAGAAAGCACUCAUGGAGAUCCCUCCUGAAAACUACCUCAUUGUCACUAAAUAUGGAAAUGCGUGUUUGGGUAUCCUGAACGGAUCAGAGAUUGGACUCAAGGAUCUGAACAUUGUUGGAGACAUUACAAUGCAGGAUCAGAUGAUCAUAUAUGACAAUGAGAGGGGGCAGAUUGGAUGGAUCCGUGCACCCUGUGAUAGAAUCCCCAACGAAAAUACCAUUCAUGGAUUUGAGGAAGGUUAUUGUAGGCCCCAACUCCCCAGCAUCUUUGGUAUUCAGAACGAAGAGUGUGCAGAUUACUACCGUUCAAACAAAGAGUGAUUGACAAGGGGAGGCCAAGGGUUGAUGGAAGGACAAAAGGAAUCAUCCCAGGGAGGCUGUAUACAAAGUUAUGAACCAUGUAUUCUUUAGAAAAGAGAAAAAAAUCUAGUAGGCUGUAAUCAUAUCCAUGUCCAUAUCAAAUAUAAUAAUUAUUCUCUUCGUAUGAA